AUGGACCCCGCAAAGCCCGUCGAUCUGCCCGAGAGGCCAAAGGAGGCCAUCGACCCUACGGCUCCCCCCAAGAAGUCCAAGAGUCAAGAGAAGAAAGAGGCCGCAGCAGCCAAGAAGGCGGCGGCCAAGCUAGCAAAACAGGACCAGCCUAAACCAAAGGGAGAGCCAAAGGCACCCAAGGUGAAGGAGGCUCCUGCGCCCCGGGACCCCAAUGCCAUGUUUAAGGUCGGCUUCCUGCACGACGUGUACCAGGAAAAGCCGCUCUCCGAGACUGUCCCCAAGAUUCGCACGCGAUUCCCGCCCGAGCCCAACGGAUACCUCCACAUCGGCCACAGCAAGGCCAUCGCAAUCAACUUUGGAUUUGCGAAGUACCACGGUGGCGAGUGUAUUCUGCGCUUCGACGACACCAACCCAGAAGGCGAGGAGGAGCGGUACUACAAUGCCAUCCGGGAGAUUGUGACAUGGCUCGGCUUCACACCUGUGCGUGAGACCAACGCCAGUGAUAACUUCGACCGCCUCUACGAGCUCGCAGAGGACCUCAUCCAGCGCGAUGGCGCAUACGUCUGCCAUUGCACCAAGUCCGAGAUCAAGGCCCAGCGCGGUGAGGUCGAGGGCGGCCAGCGCGGUGGAGAACGCUUCUCGUGCAGCCACCGCACACGACCCAUCGAGGAGUCCAUGGCCGAGUUCCGCGCCAUGCGCGACGGAAAAUACAAGGCUGGUGAGGCCGCGCUGCGCAUGAAGCAGGAUAUUACAGACCCGAACCCGCAGAUGUGGGAUUUGUUCGCCUGGCGCAUUAUGGGCUCUGAGGACAAGCAGCAUCACCUCACCGGCGGCAAGUGGAAGAUCUACCCAACCUACGACUUCGCGCACUGUUUGUGUGAUAGUAUCGAGGAAAUCUCGCACUCGCUCUGCACAACCGAAUUCGAACUCUCCCGCGUCUCGUACGAGUGGCUCUGCAAUAAGCUGGAGGUCUACUGCCCCAACCAGCGUGAGUACGGCCGUCUCAACAUCACCGGCACAGUUCUCUCCAAGCGUAAGAUCAUCCAGCUCGUCAAGGAAGGCCACGUCCGCGACUGGGAUGACCCACGUCUGUACACGCUCAUCGCGCUACGCCGUCGCGGCGUGCCCCCCGGCGCGAUCCUCGCCUUCGUCAACGACCUCGGCGUAACAAAGAAUACCACCAACGUCCAGGUCGCCAAAUUCGAGCAGAUCGUCCGCCAGUACCUUGAAACCACCGUCCCCCGUCUGAUGGUCGUCCUCGAGCCACUGAAGGUCAUCAUCGACGACCUCCCCGACGACUACGUCGAGCUCCUCGACUGCCCCUUCUCCAAAGACCCAAUCUUCGGCACCCACAACAUCCCCUUCACGAAGACAGUCUACAUCGAGCGCUCCGAUUUCCGCGCCGUCGACUCACCAGACUACUUCCGUCUCGCCCCCGGAAAAACAGUCGGUCUCCUCAAAGCCCCCUACCCCAUCACGGCAACCUCCUUCGAAACAGACGCCAACGGCGAGGUCACCUGCGUCCACGCCAAAUACGAGAAACCCGCCGAAGGCGAACCAGUCAAGAAACCAAAGUCCUUCAUCCACUGGAUCGGCGAGUCUCCCGCGCACAACAGUCCUAUCCGUGCUGAGGUCCGCGCUUUCAACUCGCUCUUCAAGUCUGAGGAUCCAUCCGCCCACCCCGAUGGUUUCCUCGCCGAUAUCAACCCUGACUCGGAGGAGUUCUACAAGGAUGCUAUGGUCGAGACUGGAUUCCGGGAUAUCUCGGCCUCGGCGCCGUGGCCUAAGGAGGAAGGCGCUGCCGAGCCUGGUGAGAAUAAGCAUUCUAUUCGUUUCCAGGGUAUGCGUGUUGCGUACUUUGCUGUUGAUCGGGAGUCGACGGAUGAGAAGUUGGUGCUUAAUCGCAUUGUUACUCUUAAGGAUACCCAGGGUAAGAAUUAA